AUGACAUCAAUUCGCCAAUAUAUGCGUCUAAAUGUCGCCUUUGCAUUCUGCCUCUAUAUUAGUACCAUCAACUGUAUGGCUAUGGUCGUUCCCGGUAGAGGGGAUAUUUCGAAUACAGCAACACCCCCGGCAACUGGACUUGCUCUCUACGCCGGCAAUGCAGAUUUCUGUCGUAAAAUCAAAAUCCUCGAAACAUUAUCCCAACCUGAUACGCAACUUUGUGGUUAUUUGAAUUUUAUGUUAUUGGUAAUGCAAAAUUCAAACGAUUCACCGAAAAUCAAAGACGAAAACACAAAUGAGUGCCAUAAAAUCAUUCAAGAUCUUCAAAAUAUGAACAAUGCACAUGUAUAUUUUGGCGAAAUGAAACACCUGCUUAAUGAAUACCGAGGCAUAACCAGACGUCUUCAAAGGGGGCGCAUGACGUCUGAAAGGUUGGAACAACUUAGAAGCAGUCUGACUAAUCUAGAAGAGCGAUUUAAAAUUCGAGAAGACUCCGCCUCCGAGAUUGCAAAGUUCGACCAUGCUCCGUAUUACAGACGGCUAGCGAAGAAAGCACAAUAUUGCAUUAAAAAGCAUACACAUCGAACGCCAACUGAGGCUGACGAUCCAAGGUCAUCGUUUAUCAUCUUCGGAAAUCCACCACCAGUCGAAGCAGAUUUGCAGCGCCGUGUAGGAGGGCUCCCAACGGUUCUGCCACAACAUAUCCCAGCCUCUGUAGCAGGCAAUGAAAAAAUGAGACGAUUGCUCAACGAUGGUUCAUUAUUAAUCACGUUGGGUAAAGUGCAGUCGGACGUGAAGAAGAUAGAAGCUAUAAUACACGACCCGUUGCUAAAUGAUACCAAUGUAUGCGCUACAGAUGGUUCGUCACAUCCACGUAAUGCUAUGAUUCUUAAAAUUCAAGAUCAGUACGACGGGAAUUGUGACAGCUUUACAGACGUCACAAAUGCGUGGAACAUUUACAGACGCUACGAUGAUAUCAACGAUAUAUUGAAAACAAUGGUCCGAAAUUCUGCCCAGGCAGUGGAAUUAAUAGAGGAACAGCGUAGAUUGGAGUUAGCAUUUGAGGAGUAUGGAACCAUAGUACAAAACACGUAUCUGGGGGAUAUUGAUAGAAUAGCUUCGAAUAUGCUGUAUAUGUUGGAGAAGGUUGGAUACAGCGGGGAAACUUUUAGAGAUGUACGAUCGGUGAAGGAAGACACACCACGCGCACUUAUACAUCGGGUCACACCACUACCUGAGACUAAUAAGGAAAACGAUAGCACAUCAUCAGCAGAAACAGUCGAGACGAUCGAAACAAGGACCGCAUCCGCAACAACUGUCACUAACGGAUGUAGCACACAACAGCUAAGCGACCGGGAGGUAUCUGAUACUGCAAAUACGGUUUCGGACGAAUCGAUUGUCGGGAAAGCAGGACGUAUUCACUGCCAUAUAUGUAAAACAAAGCGUGCUACAACCUCAUCUGGUGCUUUGAAGAUAGGCAACACGAUUACACGAAUGAUGAUAGCGACGUUGAAGGCUCCACGCCUUCCUGUUGCUGACCGUUACUGGUACCAUGUGUUGGCAUCCACCCUGUUCGGCAACAACGCUCAUUCACAAUGUAGUAAUAAUAUACGGGAGUCGCAUGCCCUAUCACAGAAAUACCAGCUCGUAUCUUGUUUGUUACGUGAACGCCCUCUCUCCGAGCUUCGACAGGUCCCCGUAAAUCCGCAUAUUGCAAGUCUCCAUCUCCACCAGAUUUUCUUCGUUAAUUGUUUUUAUUCCAACGAUUUGGAUUAUUAUGUUCUGUUGAUCUGCCAGUAUUAUGUCAUAGAGGUAAUUCCUUCUAGGGCAGAGUGCCGCUGCGUCACCAUCAAGAGCAUAGUUCUAUCCACCAUCCAGAUCGAGAGCUAUUACGCCAACUAA